AUGCAGGAAAAUCUAUACGAGCUAAUGAAGGACAGGGACCGAUAUUUCCCGGAAAGCGUGAUACGCAAUAUUAUCUACCAAAUACUGCAGGGACUCGCAUUUAUGCACAGAAACGGGUAUUUCCAUCGAGAUAUGAAGCCGGAAAAUAUCAUGUGUAAUGGCACAGAACUCGUGAAAAUCGCCGAUUUCGGUCUGGCAAGAGAAGUUCGAUCGAAACCACCCUACACUGAUUACGUCUCUACAAGA